AUGGACAUCAGGUUCAUGGGACUUGACGCGCCGCCCCUCCUCCACGCCCUCCACACCAUGCUCGACCCGGACGAGCCCGACGCCAAGCCCGGCAGCGGCCCGACCCGCACCUACGUCCGGGACGCCAGGGCCAUGGCCGCCACCCCUGCUGACGUCAUAGAGUACCCCAACUCCUAUGCCUUCGUGGUCGACAUGCCCGGCCUUAAAUCUGGGGACAUCAAGGUACAAGUGGAGGAGGACAAUGUACUACUCAUCUCCGGCGAGCGCAAGCGGGAGGAAGAAAAGGAGGGCGCCAAGUAUGUGAGGAUGGAGCGGAGGAUUGGGAAGUUUAUGAGGAAAUUUGUCCUGCCGGAAAAUGCUGACAUGGAGAAGAUAUCGGCUGUUUGCCGGGAUGGCGUGCUGACGGUGACGGUGGAGAAGCUGCCACCGCCGGAGCCGAAGAAGCCAAAGACUAUUGAGGUCAAGAUUGCUUGA